CACCCCCACGGGGCCUCACAGCCGCCCUGGCCUGGCAACUGUCACCCAUUUUACGAACGAGGACAUCAAGGCCGAGGAGGAUGAUCCCGCCGGGGGAGUGCACGUACGCGGGCCGGAAGCGGAGGAGGCCCCUGCAGAAACAGAGGCCCGCCGUGGGGGCAGAGAAGUCCAACCCCUCCAAGCGGCACCGGGACCGCCUCAACGCCGAAUUGGACCACCUGGCCAGCCUGCUGCCGUUCCCGCCUGACAUCAUCUCCAAGCUUGACAAGCUUUCUGUCCUGCGCCUCAGUGUCAGUUACCUCCGGGUGAAGAGCUUCUUCCAAGUCGUGCAGGAGCAGAGCUCACGGCAGCCGGCGGCCGGCGCCCCCUCGCCCGGAGACAGCCGUCCUCUUGCAGGGUCUGCCGUGCUGGAGGGAAGGCUGCUGUUGGAGUCUCUUAAUGGCUUUGCUCUGGUCGUGAGUGCAGAAGGGACGAUAUUUUAUGCGUCAGCAACGAUCGUGGACUAUCUGGGCUUCCAUCAGACGGAUGUAAUGCACCAGAACAUUUACGACUACAUCCAUGUGGACGACCGCCAGGACUUCUGCCGGCAGCUCCACUGGGCCAUGGACCCUCCCCAGGUGGUGUUUGGGCAGCCCCCGCCCUUGGAGACAGGAGAUGACGCUAUCCUGGGGAGGCUGCUCAGGGCCCAGGAGUGGGGUGCAGGCGCGCCCACCGAGUACUCGGCCUUCCUGACCCGCUGCUUCAUCUGCCGUGUGCGCUGCCUGCUGGACAGCACCUCGGGCUUCCUGACGAUGCAGUUUCAAGGAAAACUAAAAUUCCUGUUUGGACAGAAGAAGAAGGCGCCAUCAGGAGCCAUGCUCCCCCCACGGCUGUCGCUGUUCUGCAUUGCGGCGCCCGUUCUCCUCCCCUCCGCAGCGGAGAUGAAAAUGAGGAGCGCGCUUCUGAGGGCAAAACCCAGGGCAGACACCGCGGCCACCACGGAUGCAAAAGUGAAAGCCACCACCAGUCUGUGUGAAUUGGAACUGCAUGGAAAACCCAAUUACUCAGCAGGAAGGAGCAGCAGAGAGAGCGGCGUUUUGGUGCUCAGGGAGCAGACUGACGCUGGCCGAUGGGCACAGGUUCCUGCCAGGGCCCCAUGCCUGUGCCUCCGGGGCGGCCCCGACCUUGUGCUCGACCCCAAGGGGGGCUCAGGGGACAGGGAGGAGGAGCAGCAGAGGAUGCUGAGCAGGGCCUCUGGAGUGACAGGGCGGAGGGAGACUGCAGGACCCACAAAGGCCCUGCCCUGGACAGCGGGAAAGCACAGUGAGGAUGGUGCCAGGCCGAGGCUGCAGCCCAGCAAGAAUGACCCACCGUCCCUGCGCCCCACGCCCCGCAGCUCCUGCCUGCCCUACCCAUGUGUCCAGGGCACUUGCAGGAACUCGCCCAUCUCUCACCCGCUGAGCCCGUCCCCCAGUGCCUACUCCAGCCGGACAAGCAGACCCAUUCGGGAUGUCCUUGAGGACCAGGUACACCCUCCCCUCUGCCACUUUCCCCAGGGGAGCCUGCAGCACCGGCUCCCUCAGCCUGGAGCUCAGCGUGUUGCCACGAGGGGCUAUCCCAUGGAGGACGUGAAGCUGCAAGGUAUACCGAUGCCUCCGGGGGACCUGUGCGGUCCGACGCUGCUGCUAGAUGUGUCCAUCAAGAUGGAGAAGGACUCUGGGUCUGAGGAUGCUGCAGACGGCUGUGUGCCCAGCCAGGUGUGGCUGGGGGCCAGUGACAGGAGCCAUCCAGCCACCUUCCCUACCAGGAUGCACCUGAAAACAGAACCAGACUCUCGGCAACAGGUGUACAUCUCGCACCAGGGGCACAGCGUGCGGGGGGCUCAGCCCCAUGGGAGGGCCACUGCUGGGCGCAGCAGCGAGCUGACCCCUUUCCACCCUGCACACCGUGCCUGCCUGGAGCCCACGCACGGCCUUCCCCAGCCAGAGCCUCCCCACCAGCUCUGUGCACGGGGCCGAGGUGAACAGUCCUGCGCCUGCAGAGCUGCUGAGGCUGCCCCUGUGGUCAAGCGGGAGCCCUUGGACUCUUCCCAAUGGGCUACUCACAGCCAGGGGGCGGUGCCCGGGAUGUUUCCCAAAAGUGCCUUGGCCACGCUGGUCCCGCCCCAAGCUUCGGAGUGCACAUUCCUGCCGUAGCGCAGUGACCCCCGUCCAAGCUCAGAUCCGUCCGUCUAUGCUCAGAUGCGUCGGUGGCUGGGCUGCCCUGCGCCUGGUCAGGCCGGAGCCCGUCCUAAGACACACGCUUUGCAGAGCUGUGCAUGUGCAGUCUGCUGGUCUGUGUGUGCAGCAUACGCAGUAGCCUAUCCUGAAUUUUGUAAAAUAUCCCAACAGUUCUUAAAUGAAAACUGGCCUUAAGUCUAUUGAAGCAUGACAGCACUUCUCUUUGCGGAAUGACAGCACUUCUCUUUGAGGAAUUAAAAUCUUUAGGAAAGUG